AUGUGUUCGUAGCUGAUGUCAGAUCAGUUGCGACGAAAUACGUACGUGGCUAGGUCCGGUCCUUAAUAUGAGAACUGAUCCCGGAACAGUACCAGUGCAGAGCAUAUUAUUUUCACCUUGACAUCAGCUAUGGCGACUGCGACAACGUUUAUUCAGAGAUUAAGGAACUUUUUGGCGGGGAGGAAUCUUCAAUCAAAGCUUCAAUUGCGUUACGAAGAAGUUACAAAAAGGACUCAGCCUCCUCCUAAACUUCCUGUUGGUCCCAGCCAUAAGUUUGCCAACAAUUAUUACCUUACCAGAGAUGGGAGACGGGAAUCUGUUCCAGCAACUGUUAUAAUGUCUUCUCGGAAAGCCCUAGCAGCUGGCAGCGAAGCACCAGCAAAGACCAAGCGUCCUGUCCUGCCUGGCCCUGAGCCAAAAGAGCUCCCGCUGUCCACUGAUCAGCCGUACCUCUGAACCGUCUCCUAGUGUGAUCAGGAAAUACUGCUCAUAAACUUUGCUCAUCUUGACUAACUCGUGUGUGUGUAUAUAUGCUAAAUUAUAUACAUAACUAAACUAUGUGUAUAUACAUCCAGAAACAAGUUAAUUUUUUUUCUGUCUUUUCAUUGUUUCUUGUCUUUAUUUAAUUUGUUCAGAAUUAGAAUUCAUCAGUCAUGAAUACACAUUUGUCUAUUUCUUUGCUUUUCAGUUAUUUCUGUUAACUUUCUGCUAAGAAAGGAAAUCUUCAUAAAAAAAAGACGUUAUAAUAUUUCCACCAAUGCACCAGAGGUUUUUCAGUCACAUAACUGCAAAGAUGGGGAUGGUUUAAAGCUUUAAUAAAAGAACAUGUUUCAGUCAAAA